AUGCGCCUUUCCAAAGCCCUGAUAGACAUGGAGAUGGCAGAUUACAGUGCAGCUUUAGAUCCUGCAUAUACAACUCUGGAGUUUGAGAACAUGCAAGUCUUGGCGAUGGGCAGUGACACUUCCCCAUCUGAAGUUACAAAUCUCAAUGCUUCUAACAACAUUGGAGCCAGUGUGUUAUGUGCCAUUUGUGGAGAUCGUGCUACAGGGAAGCAUUAUGGAGCAUCCAGUUGUGAUGGCUGCAAAGGGUUCUUCAGAAGAAGUGUCAGGAAGAACCAUAUGUAUUCUUGCAGGUUUAAUAGACAGUGUGUUGUAGACAAGGACAAAAGGAACCAGUGUCGAUAUUGUAGACUAAAGAAAUGUUUUCGAGCAGGAAUGAAGAAAGAAGCUGUACAAAAUGAACGUGAUCGAAUCAGUACUCGGCGAUCUAGCUAUGAAGACAGUAGCUUACCCUCCAUUAAUGUUUUACUGCAAGCAGAAGUCCUUUCACAACAGAUAUCAUCACCAAUGUCAGGGAUUAGCGGAGAUAUCAGAGGGAAAAAGAUUGCAAAUAUUGCAGAUGUGUGUGAGUCUAUGAAGCAGCAGUUAUUAGUGCUUGUGGAAUGGGCCAAAUAUAUCCCAGCCUUCUGUGAGCUUCCCCUGGAUGAUCAGGUGGCUUUGCUACGGGCCCACGCUGGGGAACAUCUCUUACUGGGGGCAGCCAAACGCUCUAUGGUGUUCAAAGACAUCCUUCUCCUAGGAAAUGACCACAUAAUCCCCCGAAACUGCCCAGAAUUGCUGGAAAUCAGCCGUGUAGCUGUGCGAAUUCUAGAUGAGCUGGUGUUAACGUUUCAAGAGCUGCAGAUUGAUGAUAAUGAAUAUGCUUGUCUGAAAGCCAUUAUCUUCUUUGAUCCAGAUGCUAAAGGCCUAAGUGACCCUAUCAAGAUCAAACGAAUGCGGUAUCAAGUCCAGGUCAGCCUGGAGGACUACAUCAAUGACCGGCAAUAUGAUUCACGAGGACGCUUUGGGGAGCUGUUACUUCUCCUGCCCACCCUCCAAAGCAUCACGUGGCAGAUGAUUGAGCAAAUCCAAUUUGUUAAACUUUUUGGCAUGGCCAAAAUUGACAACCUGUUGCAAGAGAUGCUGCUUGGAGGGUCAUCAAGUGACACACCUCAUGCUCAUCAUCAUCCUCUGCACCCCCACCUUAUCCAGGAGAAUUUGGGAACAAAUGUCAUUGUGGCCAACACAAUGCCUCCUCAGAUCCAUAAUGGACAGUUGUGUAAGUAUUCACACAUAAAAGAUCCAAAACUUUUUUCCCCCACAGCCACUCCUGAAACUCCCCAACCUUCCCCCCCAGCUGGCUCUGGAGCUGAACAAUACAAACUACUUCCGGGGGCCAUCGCAACUGUAGCCAAGCAGCCCAGUUCGAUCCCUCAGCCCACCAUCACAAAGCAGGAGGUCAUCUAG